AUGAAGGUUAAAAACAGAUCAGUUUGCCAAACUUGCAGAACUAGGAGAUUAGGGUGUGACGGCAAGCGUCCUGAAUGCACCCAGUGCGUUCAUUCGGGCCGAGCGUGCGAUGGAUAUCAAACUUCCUGGACGUUUGUGGAUUCGUCGACCUCCAAAUCCACAUUGAAACAGAGAAAGACGGGUCAAGUCCAGCAUUUUCAGACAUCAUCAAGCCUUGGCCAAGAUGAUGCCCAGGAAACCAUUCAAAAGGGCCUAUCGUCUUCACUGAGUCUUGGCCGUGCACAAGCAUCAUUUCAUCGACCAAGUCGAGAUGAUUUCAUCACACUAGUCGUACGAAACUAUGUUCCACAAGAUACAGUGACAGCCGUACACAACGAUUUCAGGACAAAACAACCCCGGAUAUGCGGUGCAUGGGUUGAAGUCCUCCCCAAUCUUCGCAAUGGAGGAGGCACUCCUGACCUCGUUCUGGCUGCAGCAGUCGAAGCAUUAGCGACCUCUAUAUUAACUCAAAAACUUAAUCCAAAUCAGGAUAAUGUUGAAAGCUUCCAGAGCUACGAAGUAGCUCUUCGCUCGCUGCGGAAAAGUUUUGUUGUGAAUCAAAGGUGCGAUAUCGAGCUGUUGGCGUCUAUUAUGUGUUUGAGUUUGGUGGAGUUAAUGAUGCCGAGUACGUCUGCCGCGUUAGAAACACAUAUGAAGGGCGCCGGGCAGUUCUUCCAAGCAUAUGGUGCAGAGGCAUGUAGUGUUGGUGUACUUCAUACGCUAUUCGCCGGAUUUCGACCACUUUUAAUAUUCGAAGCCUUUCAAUUUCGCAAACCCACAUUUCUGUCUUCACCGGCAUGGAUGGAUGCACCCUUCUCCAUCUUCAGUGCGUCACCGAUGCAGAGUCUUCUCAACAAAGCUGCCAUCAUCCCGACCCUUUUGAGUCAAAGUGACAUCUUACUGGAUAAAGCACGGCAAAGCAAUCUUGAAGUCAAGGACCUAUUCAAUAGCCUUGUGGAUGCCUUGGUCGAUCUCGAAAACUGGGAAAUGGAAUAUAGCCACGAGGCGGAUAAAUGGUGUUACUGGCCUUCUGACAUACCUGCCCCCCUGGAAUCUAUUUCCUACGGCAAACCACUCUGGUACACAAACGUGACAAUGGCGAACGUCUACACUAACCUCUGGGCAUUCAGGAUUAUCUGCUUCUCGGAACUCGAGCGUCUCGCUGAGAACUUCCCUUCCUUUCAUAUGGCCCACGAAAAUAUCCCACUACCGAGACCCCUAAAUCUCAAACGUGUCCACGCAUACAAGACCGCACUCGCAAAACAAAUCUGUCUCAGUAUGGACUACUUACUUCGAGAUGAAAUGGGCCUGUUUGGGCCUGCGUCGACUUAUUUCCCGCUUCAAGCGGCGUAUGAGACGUUUCUGGAAAAUGAAGGCACGAUGCGAAAGGAAGGGAUUGCGUUUGUGGAGGGUGUUGUGCUGAGGCUGGUGCAGAAGGGGUUACGGUCUGCGCCUGUACUUGUUUUUACGAGGAGGACCAUGAGGGUUUAG